UCCUCCUCGUAGGGGACAUUUUUUUUCUGAGGCUGCACGUGGCUGGUGCUCUGUAACACUUGGGUGAGCCGCACAGGUGGAGCUGUCGGGAAAGCGCGGAGGAGAUGUUGUCUCCGGUGACCGCAGAUGCGCCCACAGCUCUGCGGAGACGGAGGUGCCUGCGUCCCCGAUCGAGACGUCUGCCACUCCCAGCAGCUGUCCGCGCCCACGGUCCUGUGGCGGAGCUAACCGACUCCGCACGGGGCUGUGUGGUCUUUGAGGAUGUGUUUGUCUACUUCUCUCGGGAAGAAUGGGAGCUUCUUGAUGAUGCUCAGAGACUCCUGUACCAUGAUGUGAUGCUGGAGAACUUUGCACUUUUAGCCUCACUGGGAAUUGCAUUUUCCAGAUCAGAUGCAGUCAUGAAACUGGAGCAAGGAGAAGAGCCCUGGGUGUAUGACCAGGUGGAUAUGACUUCAGCCACAGGAAGAGAGGCCCAGAGGGGACCUAGACCUGGUUGUUGGCAUGGAAUGGAGGAUGAGGUGGUAUCUUCUGAGCAGAGCAUUUCUGCAGCAGGAGUGUCACAGGUCAGGACUCUCAUGGCAGAGCUGCAGACUCACCCAUGUGACGUAUGUGGUCCAAUAUUGAAAGAUAUCUUACACCUGGCUAAAUACCAUGGAGGAAAAGCCAAGCAGAAUCCAUGCUUGUGUGGGGCAUGUGGAAGGCAAUUCUGGUUCAGUAUGAACUUUGACCAGCACCUGAACCAGCCCAAUGGAAGGAAACCCUUCCAAAAGAAGGAGAGCAGAGACUCUGUGAAAAGCUGCGGAGUCCAUAUGCCAGAGAAGACCCUCACAUGUGGGAAAGGAGAGAGAGAGUUUUCAGCCACAUCUGGCCUUCAGCAUCAGGCCUCUCACAGCAGGAUGAAGCCUCACAAGAACACUAAGCUUGUAAGUGGCUUUUGCAUGGGACAGAGGUAUCAUAAAUGUGGUGAAUGUGGGAAAGCCUUCACCCGAAAAGACACACUUGCUCAGCAUCAGAGAAUCCACUCUGGAGAAAGGCCUUAUGAGUGUAGCGAAUGUGGAAAAUUCUUUAGACAAAUCUCUGGCCUGAUUGAGCACAGGCGAGUUCAUACAGGUGAAAGACUCUAUCAGUGUGGCAAAUGUGGCAAAUUCUUUAGCAGUAAGUCUAAUCUCAUUCGACACCAGGAAAUUCACACAGGAGCCAGGCCUUAUGUAUGCAUCGAAUGUGGUAAAGAGUUCAGUCGGAAACACACACUUGUUCUGCACCAACGAACUCACACUGGAGAAAGGCCUUAUGAGUGCAGUGAAUGUGGGAAGGCCUUUAGCCAAAGCUCCCACCUUAAUGUACACUGGAGAAUUCACAGUAGUGAUUAUGAGUGCAGCAGAUGUGGUAAAGCUUUCAGCUGCAUCUCUAAACUCAUUCAGCACCAGAAAGUUCACUCUGGUGAAAAGCCUUAUGAGUGUAGCAAGUGCGGGAAAGCCUUCACUCAAAGACCCAACCUCAUCAGGCACUGGAAAGUCCACACUGGGGAAAGGCCUUAUGUGUGUAGUGAGUGCGGGAGAGAGUUCAUCCGGAAACAGACACUUGUUCUGCACCAGAGGAUUCAUGCUGGAGAAAAGCUUUAAGAGUGUAACAAAUGUGGGAGACCCUUAGGCCAAUGCCCCCAACUUACUGUAUGGUGGGGAACUAGCAGCAGUUAAUGAGAGCAGCAGAUGCAGGAAAGCCUUUGCCUGGAGGCUGAACCUUGCACACCAUUGGGAAUUUCACACUGGACACAGGCCUUAGCAGUCCAAGCAAUACUCAUGUUAGUAUGCUCUGUGGC